AGCACCGCGGUCUCGGCGGCACAGGAUGGCGGAGGAGAGCGGCGUCUGCAGCUUUGUGUUCAAGAAGCGGGUCCGGGCCGCGGGCAGCGGCCGGCGAAAACGGCCCGGCAGCGACCAGGAGCGGGAGAGCAGCGGGGAGGAGGGCAGCACCGUGGUGCGCAAGGAGCGGCGGCGGGACACCCCCAACCCCAUGAUCCAGAAGACCAGGCGCUGCACGAGGGAGAGGCCGGAGUACGCGCCGAGCAGCAGCGAGGAUGAGGAUCCUGCCAAGGAGAUCGGGGUCACCUACAAAUCCACCAGGUCGGCGAAACCUGUUGGCCCAGAAGACAUGGGAGCCACAGCAGUGUAUGAACUGGACACAGAGAAGGAGAAGGAUGCCCAGGCCAUCUUUGAGCGCAGCCAGAAAAUCCAGGAGGAGCUGAGAGGAAAGGAAGACGAUAAAAUUUACCGUGGCAUUAACAACUACCAGAAGUAUGUGAAGCCCAAGGACACAUCGAUGGGAAAUGCCUCCUCAGGAAUGGUGAGGAAGGGCCCCAUCCGUGCUCCGGAGCACCUGCGGGCCACGGUGCGCUGGGACUACCAGCCCGACAUCUGCAAGGACUACAAAGAGACCGGGUUCUGCGGCUUCGGGGACAGCUGCAAGUUCCUGCACGACCGCUCGGACUACAAGCACGGCUGGCAGAUCGAACGGGAGCUGGACGAGGGCCGCUACGGCGUCAACGAUGACGAAAACUACGAGGUGAGCAGUGAUGAGGAGGACAUGCCUUUCAAAUGCUUCAUCUGCAGAGGUUCCUUCAAGAACCCCGUGGUCACCAAGUGUCGGCACUACUUCUGUGAGAGCUGUGCCCUGCAGCACUAUCGCAAAUCCCAGCGCUGCUACGUCUGUGACAAGCAAACCAACGGCGUCUUCAACCCUGCAAAAGAGCUCAUGGCAAAACUGGAAAAACACAAAGGGGAGGAAGAAGAGGAGCAACAGUCAGACCAAGAAGGGGAUCCACAGUAGCAGAACACAUUUUGUACAUAACUGAAUAAAGUUUUUGUAGGAGGAAAAAAAA